AUGCCGCCAACGUCGCUCCAACGCCUGCAGCCGCCGCUCCGGCGAGCUCUCGCAGCGAAUUUGUCAUCCACGACCAUCCGAUCAUUCGCAACCAUCCCCGGCGAACCCUCCGAGACGGCAGCGCCAUCAGGCCAGACCAAGGCGCGGCGACCAACCUACUUCAAAGACACCACCGUAGCGCCCUUCUCCGAGUUCGUCGGCACCUCCUCAGCCGCCGCGCCGCUCUCACCAACCGAGGCCUACACCCUCCGCACCGCCGAAGUCGGACCCGCCGGCCGCAAGAAGACCAUCACGCGCCUUCCCGAAUGGCUCAAAACCCCGAUCCCCUCCGGCAACAGCAACUACAAGAAGAUCAAGGCCGACCUGCGCGGCCUAGGCCUGCACACGGUCUGCGAAGAAGCGCGCUGCCCCAACGUAUCCGAGUGCUGGGGCGGCUCGAGCAAGUCCGCGGCGACGGCGACCAUCAUGCUCAUGGGCGACACGUGCACGCGCGGCUGCCGAUUCUGCAGCGUCAAGACGAACAGGAAGCCCCCCCCGCUGGAUCCGCACGAGCCGGAGCACGUGGCGGAGGCGUUGAGCCGGUGGGGGCUGGGUUAUGUGGUGCUCACGAGCGUGGAUCGGGAUGAUUUGGCGGAUGGGGGUGCGAGGCAUUUCGCGGAGACGAUACGCAGGAUUAAGGCGAAGAGGGCGGAUUUGCUCGUCGAGGCGUUGACGGGGGAUUUCCGUGGGGAUCUGGAUAUGGUGAGGGUUGUUGCCGAGAGCGGGUUGGAUGUGUAUGCGCAUAAUAUCGAGACGGUGGAGGAGUUGACGCCGUAUGUGAGGGAUCGGAGGGCGACGUUUAGGCAGAGUUUGAAGGUGUUGGAGGAGGUGAAGAGGGUUAGGGGUAAGGAGGGUAUCAUUACGAAGACAAGCAUCAUGCUUGGUCUUGGUGAGCAGGAGCAUGAGGUGAUGGAUGCUCUACGAGAGCUCCGCAAGGUCGACGUUGACGUCGUCACCUUUGGCCAGUACAUGCGCCCCACGAAGCGCCAUCUCAAGGUGGAGAAAUACAUCCCGCCUCACGAGUUCGACAUGUGGAGGGACCGCGCCAUGGAAAUGGGCUUCCUGUACUGCGCAAGCGGGCCCCUCGUCCGCUCGUCCUACAAGGCGGGCGAGGCCUUCAUCGAGAACGUGCUCAAGAAGCGGGCGGGGCAAAAGGCGAUUGAUGGUCAAAAGUUGAACGAGGCCAUUGCCGCGGAGGGGCAAGGUGUCGAGUCAGUGAAGGAGCAGUAA